AGGUCACGUGGGUGGGGUGUUCCGUUUCCUUCUUGCACAUCAGCUCGUGGAGGAUCAGUGUGGAGGAUGAGCUCAGGCAAUGUCUCAAGAAGGAAGGUCCUCAGGCAGCAGCCAUCACUGUCUGAUCCUGAAACGCAGGCAGAGAUCCAGGAUCUUUUCAACAAAGUUAAAACCUACAUGAAGGCAGAGGAAUGGAGGAUCCCCGACCCAAACGUGGCUCUCAAACACCCAACGGAGGAGCACCCACACCUGCAGGAGCUGAAGGUGUCUCUCAAUGCAGUGAAGAACCAGCUGAGUGAUAAGAACAUUCAAGUGUGGCAUCAACACACCAACUCCACCAACAGAGCCGGGAAGGUGAUUGCUGCCGUUCGCUCCACUGCUAACGCGGAGAUCUGCACUCAGGCUUGGUGCAAAUUCUACGAGAUCCUGGGAAGCUUUGAUCUUCUACCAGAGGAGGCUCUUCAAAACGGGGAACUGAACUCUGUCCAUCUGUGUGAAGCUCCUGGAGCCUUUAUUACUGCUUUAAAUCACUACAUGAAAACGAAUGAGUCCACACGCUACUGUGACUGGGGCUGGGUCGCCAACACUCUCAACCCAUACCAUGAGGCAAACGGUGGGAGCACGACCAUCGCAGAUGACCGGCUUAUCGCCAACACGCUGCCUUGGUGGUUCUUCGGCUCAGACAACACGGGGGACAUCAUGCUCCAGAAGCACCUGCUGGAUCUGCAGGUGUUUGUUUCUAACAUGCGCAGAGUGGAUUUGGUGACGGCCGACGGCAGCUUUGACUGUCAGGAGAACCCCGAUGAGCAGGAGGCUCUGGUGGCAUCCCUGCAUUACUGUGAGGCCACAGCGGCAUUGCUCCUCCUGGGCCCUGGGGGUUCCUUUGUGCUGAAGAUGUUCACCCUGUAUGAACACUCCUCAGUCUGCUUACUCUACCUGCUGAACUGCUGCUUCCACUCUGUCAGUGUCUUCAAACCUGCCACCAGCAAAGCAGGAAACUCUGAGGUUUAUGUCGUCUGUCUGAACUAUGAUGGUAAGGAGGCGGUGAGGCCCCUGCUCUCCAAACUGAUCCGUAAUUAUGGACCAAAUAUGGCCAAUCGAGAAGCUCUUUUCCCUAGCUCAGUUAUCCCCAAGACGUUUCUGAAGCAGCACGAAGAGUUGUGCUCCUACUUCCACAAACUGCAGGUGGGAACCAUUUGUGAGAACCUGCGGCUGUUCGGAAGCAUUAGCCCAGUGCAGGGGCAGCGGCUCGACCACAUCAGGGACUGUGUUGUUCAAGAGUACCUGAGGCGCUUUGAGGUGAGCUUUCUUCCCAAAAGUCGGUGGAUAUCUCGGAACACGGUGAGUCCUGCCUGCUGCAGUGUGUCUGCAGGUCGACCUCUAAGCCAGAAGAAGCAAACAGGCUCGUUCAACGAGAGGAGAGAGCUGCAGAACCUGAGCUGGAGGGAAAGAAUAUGGAGGAGCAGCCACGCUACGCUAAUACAGAGUCACUGCACUGAAGAACGAGGGGUGGGCUGCAUUUUAGAAGGACCCUGGUCCAGCAGUCAUAUAGAUUCGUGGUAUAUUAUCACUGGAUCGGCGCUUUCAGCAGUCAGAAACUCUCCGUUCUGUGACGUAGGGCUGUUAAACCACCUGAACGAAGCCCUGCUGGAUGCAGUGGUAGACUGGACUCUUCUGGCGCCCUGUCGCUCCUGCCACGUGUCUUGCACAGCUUCUAUUAUGUCUGAAGCUGCAGGUCUUUGUAUCUUUAAAGGCUAUGAGGGGAACAAAGAGAAGAAACCGUGUCUGGUGUUUGGCAGCCGCUCAGCCUGGGCUGAUGGUGAAAGCAAGCAAGAAGAUUUAGUUCUCACAUUCUGUGAAGAGCCAUCAUUUCCCCAAACAGGCUGCAUCCCUCUGCAUGAUGGGGAGCCUCUAUACCAGCACCAGCUUCUAGGAUGCGUGUUGUUUUCUCUCCAAACCCUGAGCUCAGGCGGUGCCCUGCUGCUGCCACUCUUUUCUGCUCUGACUCGAGUCACUGCAGCCCUGGUGUUCUGCCUCCAUGUGUGUUUUCGCUCGGUCUCCUACAGGUGUCCACCCCCCUCUGGUGGGGUUGGGGCCUUGCUAAUGUGCGCCGGCUACUGUCCUGAAUUAGCUGCCCCAUUGCUCCCAAUUCUGAGUGAUGUGCAGAAAAGCAUCCAUCAGCUGAUGGGAGGAGGAGGAGAGGGGGGUAAAAACCAACAACAUGCAGGUGACAGACAGGUGUUGCAGUUUGUUCCCAUGGAGGAGCUGCUCAGAGGAGGAUUGACAGAGUUCCUCUGGACCAUGAACUCUGACAUCAUCCAGCAGAAGCUUCACCUUCUCAUGCAGUCAUAGAGAAGGGCCCAAUCCUGGGACACGUGCAUUAAAGCUGGGGAUUCUCACUUCUGGCUUAUAUCAAUAUAACUCAUCUGAACAUCACUCCACAAUGUUACCUCACUUUUUUUUUUUUAGACCAACAACAAAAGGAACAAAACUUAAUGUUCAGUAAAAUGGAUAUUAAUGAAAACUCAAAUUAUUUAAUUAAUUACAUUUUUAAAUAGACACCUAUUCUUAGUAGAGGGCUUUAUAUUCCCAUUAUUAGCUUCUGGUUUUUUUAUUGGUUAUGAUUUAGAAUUUUGUUUCUCACAAAAUGAGUGUAUUACAUUUGAUCACUUAGAUUAGGAUUUUUAAUAGAUUAAUGUCCAAUUAAUACCAGCUCUAAGCCCCUUGUUCACUAAUUACUACAUCAAUACGGUGUGGGAUGGAGGGGAUAACCCUGUGGUUCUGCUGAAGUGUUCAGGAAGCCCAGGUUGCUUUUUAUCGUGCCUUUUGUCCUUCUGCUUUGUUGUGUUUGACGUCUUCCUUUUCCUCUUGUUUCUAUGGUGUUCAGGGCAGACAUGUUUGCUUCUCCAUCACCUGGGACAAAUAACCACCAGUCCAGAUUUACCCCUCCAUAGCACAAAUGAGACACUUCUAAAAAUUUUAUUUCAACACUAGCCCAUCCAGCUCAUUCUCUGACCACUGCUGUGGCUCCUAAAACACGAAAUGCCUCUUUGGUCCUUCCACUGUCUUCUUGGUUUGUUUUCAAUCACACUUUUUCCUUCCACUUAACUUUUUUUGUUGAAAUGCUUGGAUCUCCUAUCUUUGAAAGGCUUUCACUUUCUAAUCCCCUCUAGGCUGCAGUUAUGCCUGUUGCAUCUUUUCCAGUCCCUUUUUUUUUUCUAAAGCUCUACUUUCUGUUGAUUUGCUUGGUUUCAGCACCUAAGUCAGCUCCUAAGGACUAAACAUUCUGGAUAACC